AUGCCCACCAUGCCGCCAGGCAACCAUAUUAUACCCUUCUUAAUACUAGCGCUUCGAGUCGCGGGACAACAAGCAAUAGGCCCUGCUGUCACAGGUGCUGCAACCAACGCCGGCCCUGCCUCAACGGAAUCAGUCAUUACAAUCCCCAUCUCCCAGUCCUCAUUUACGCCAUUUUCCGUCCCAUCUCAAGCACCUGUAUCCGGCGUUUACCCUCUCACUGACCCGCGAAGUCCACCUCCAGUUGGCUCUUCCCUCAUCCCUGACUUUUCGCAAGCAUGGGCUGCUGCCUACCAGGAGGCGAAGAACAAGAUUUCAAACUUCUCUAUCGAGGAGAAGGUCAGUGUAAGCACGGGGGUUGGAUGGAUGGGUGGUCGUUGUGUUGGAAACACGCCUCCGAUUGGCGACAACGGCACCAAGUUCCCGAGUCUUUGUCUUGAGGAUUCGCCAUUAGGUGUUCGCUUCGCUGACUAUGUAACUUCGUUCCCUGCCGGUAUAAACGCGGCUGCAACCUUCAACCGAAAGCUCAUCCGACGACGUGGUCUAUUCAUGGGUCGCGAAAACGUUGGAAAGGGUGUUCAUGUCGCUCUAGGGCCAAUGAUGAACAUGGGUCGGGUUGCGCAAGGCGGACGAAACUGGGAAGGCUUCGGCGCUGAUCCAUAUCUCACCGGCGAAGUCGCAUAUGAAACCAUCCUCGGCAUGCAAGAGGGCGGAGUUCAGGCGUGUGCGAAGCAUCUGAUCAAUAACGAACAAGAGCACUUCCGAACACAGUCAAGCUCUGACGUCGAUGAUCGAACUCAACACGAAAUUUACGCCCAUCCAUUCCUUCGCAGUAUCAUGGCUGGUGUUGCCUCCAUUAUGUGCAGCUACAAUCUCAUUAAUGGCACAUACGCUUGCGAAAACGACAAGAUCAUGAACGAUAUCAUCAAACGAGAAUUUGGGUUCCAGGGCUACAUCAUGUCGGAUUGGGGCGCUACCCAUUCGACAAUGUCUGCGGCAACUGGUCUCGAUAUGACGAUGCCUGGUGAUAUAACCUUCCAGUCUGGGACAACAUACUUUGGCGCAAAUCUCACUGCUUACGUCCAAAAUAAUACCAUAGCGCAAGCUCGUUUGGAUGAUAUGGCCACCAGAGUUAUCGCUGGCUGGUACUUGCUUCACCAAGAUGCAGGCAACUUCCCGCCAACGAAUUUUGACGCGUUCAAGCCCGAUAGCGAGGAGACCAAUGAACAUAUUGACGUCCAAGAAGACCACCAUAAGGUCGUGCGCAAGAUUGGAGCCGCCAGUACGGUUUUACUCAAGAAUACGAACAACGCGUUACCAUUGAACAAACCACGGAGUAUCGUGCUCGUUGGAAGUGAUGCUGGACCUGGAACAAUAGGACCCAACCAGUUCCCCGAUCAGGGCGGUUUGGAUGGAAUUCUUGCCAUGGGAUGGGGUUCUGGGACGUCAAAUUUCACGUACCUCGUCUCGCCCCUUGAAGCUAUUCAGCAACGCGCACGGAAGGAUCGGACCUCGGUUUCAUGGAUACUUGACGAUUUCAAUCGUAAUAGGGCUGGAAAUAUGGCCCUUGGUCGUUCUGCUGCAUUGGUUUUCAUCUCGUCCGACUCUGGUGAAGACUACAUCACCGUCGAUGGAAAUGAGGGUGACCGCAAAAACUUGACCGCGUGGCAUGACGGCGACGACCUUGUCCUCGCAGUCGCAGCACAGAACAACAACACCAUCGUGAUUGUGCAUUCGGUCGGACCUUUAAUCCUUGAGCCGUGGAUCGAACACCCUAAUGUUUCUGCCGUUCUUUGGGCAGGACUUCCUGGACAAGAAGCGGGCAACUCCAUCACGGACAUUUUGUAUGGCGACUGGAAUCCGUCAGGUCGUUUGCCCUAUACGAUUGCAAAACAGAUGUCCGACUACUCUGCUCCUCUUAUCACCGGUGGCUCGGGUAACGACGUUCUGGCAAUUCCAUACACUGAAGGGCUCAACAUUGACUACCGCCACUUCGACAGCGCCAAGAUCACACCGCGAUUCGAGUUCGGCUUUGGCUUGAGCUAUACGAACUUCACGUAUAGCAAUCUGCGCAUUGCGAAGGUGGGCGGCCAAGGAUCGACUGAGCCCGCGUUGCAGAAGGCGUGGGCUGCGGGGAAGGCGACGCCGAUUGCGACGGGGUCGUCUGCGGCACCAUGGCUCCAUCGCCCGCUCUAUACAAUCACAUUCGAUGUCGAGAACAGUGGAUCACUCUGGGGUGGAGAUAUUCCGCAACUAUAUCUCCACUUCCCGGCCUCGGCUGGCGAACCGCCUUCGAUCCUGAAAGGCUUCACCAACGUCGAGGUUCUGCCGGGGGAGAGCGCCGAAGUUGCGCUGACGCUUUCACGAUACGACCUCAGUUAUUGGGACACGGUCGCACAGGGCUGGCGCCAUCCGAACGGGACGAUUGGCCUGUCAGUUGGCACGAGCUCACGCGACUUCAGACUGAGUGGGAACAUCACCAUCACUUAG